CCUAUAUAUAUUGGAAUAGUUGAGUAACGAACCACAUGAGAGCCAUUAUAAAAUACCACUUGAGGGAUCACAUUUUUCAGAGAUAGAACACAAUGGAGGGGAUGUUGAGCCUCAACACUGAAGCAAGUAAUGAUGCAAAUCCCAAGCAACAAUCCUCUUCUCUUGCAAAUUUUGCAAAGAAUUAUCCUCCUAGCUUUCCUAGAAAGGUAUUGGCAGAGAUAAUAGGGACAUAUUUAUUGGUGUUUGUGGGAAGUGGUUCAGCUGGACUUAGUGCCAUUGAUGAAAACAAGGUAUCAAAAUUGGGAGCUUCACUUGCAGGAGGAUUCAUUGUAACGGUUAUGAUCUACUCCAUUGGACACAUCUCCGGGGCACAUAUGAAUCCAGCUGUUUCCUUAGCUUUUGCCUCCAUCAACCGUUUUCCUUGGAAGCAGGUACCAUUUUAUAUUGCAGCCCAACUAACAGGAGCAAUAUGUGCUUCAUACACACUGAGGGUGUUGCUAGAACCAGCAACACAAAUUGGUGCCACGUCACCCUCAGGGUCAAACAUUCAAGCACUUGUCAUGGAAAUUGUUGCCACAUUCACUAUGGUCUUCAUAUCCGCUGCUGUUGCCACUGACCCUAAAGCUAUUGGAGAACUAUCAGGGGUAGCAGUAGGUUCUUCAGUUAGCAUAGCUAGCAUUGUAGCUGGACCAAUAUCAGGGGGGUCAAUGAACCCAGCAAGGUCAUUAGGUCCUGCAAUUGCCACUGCAUCUUAUAAGAGUAUUUGGGUCUAUUUUGUUGGACCAAUCAUUGGGGCACUCUUAGGGGUAUGGUCCUACACUGUGGUUCAAGACAUAGAUAAUAAUAAUAAGCCACCUCCUUCUUCUUCCCUUUCAUCAAUAUUGGGCCAGAGAAUUAUUAGUAGUGAAGCUGAGCAUGUUGCUAACAAAUAUCACUUCAGUUCUGUGUGAAUUCUUCCAGUGAGGAUAUCAUAUAAGUAUAUGUAUCCCAAAAUUCAGUAUAUCAUAUGAUUAGAUAUAUAUAAGCCAUGUAAUGUUCCAUCAAUAUGUUUAUAUUUCAAUGGAAUUCCAGUUACACAUUUA